AUGGUGGCAGAAGUGAAGCGAAAGAAGCAGACCUUCCACAAGUCCACCUACUUCUGGCGUGGACCUCGACCAGCUGCUGGACAAGUCCUACAAGCCGCUGGUGCAAUUGUAAAGCGCCUGACAGCAACCAUGGCUGAAUUGGGCCUGUGGAGGAAGCAGCAUCCCAUGGCUGAAGUGCCUGCACAAGGCCAGAAUGAGGCGCCGCCCAUGGAGAAGCCUAAGGUUGUGAUGACACACCUAUGGGACAUGAUCAUCCUGUCCAAGAUGGCAGGCAGCUACAAUGGCAAGACGUUCACCGGGGUGGAAAUCAAGCCUGAGAUGAUUGGACACUGCAGGCAGGUUCUCAAUGACCUACCAGCCUGUGAAGCAUGA